ACUCACGUCCAGGCGGCGGCGCACGCGCAGCCUCGGUUCCUGUGCGCGGUGGGCGUCGCUGCUGGUCCCAGGGGGCGCAGGGGCCGCCGGGAAGAUGGCGGGGGCGGGCCCGGUAUCUGUGUCGGCUUGCCGGAGGUGGGGCUGGGCGGCAGUCUCCUUUGGCUUACACCGUGGCCUCCGCGAGGUACUUGCUCGGCCACGCGAACAGGCGCCACAGUGGCUCCCAGCUUGCAGACAAAAGACAUCAGUCUCUUUCCUUAGUCGACCAGACCUUCCAAACCUGGCUUACAAGAAGCUAAAAGGCAAAAGUCCAGGAGUUAUCUUCAUCCCUGGCUUUAUUUCUAAUAUGAAUGGUACAAAAGCACUGGCGAUUGAAGAAUUUUGCAAAUCUCUAGGUCACGCCUAUAUAAGGUUUGAUUACUCAGGAGUUGGAAAUUCAGAUGGUAAUUUACAAGAAUGCACAGUGGGAAAAUGGAGAAAAGAUGUUCUUUCUAUAAUUGAUGACUUAGCUGUGGGCCCACAGAUACUAGUUGGAUCCAGCCUCGGUGGAUGGCUUAUGCUUCAUGCUGCAAUUGCAAGGCCACAAAAGGUUGUUGCUCUUAUUGGUAUAGCUACAGCUGUAGAUGGCCUAGUGAUACAGUUUAAUCAGCUUCCUACUGAGGUACGUCGCAGGCAACCUCAGCAUAUACCCGUCUUCUGCUUUCCUGAAUAUUUGCUCACGUGUCAUCUGUCCUUUGAGUUAUAUGCUGGCCCAUCUUUUGUCUUAGCUUUUUGUGCCCAGUCUCUCUACCCUCUUUAACUGUUUGGUCCUUCUUUAAAGUUUCCCUUUCUUUGCAGUCUCUUCAGAUCAUUCUGCCAAAUAUUUGAGCCACAUUUGUGAAAUCUCACUUUAAAUUUCUUUUUUUAGCAACAUUUUCUUUAUUAAUGUACUUAUCUGGAUCAUAGUUCAUGAUCUCUUUCUGUACCUCUAUUCUUAUUUUGUGGCAUAUGGUAAGUAGUACCUAUUCUUGUGAUGAUAUUAGACUUGCUAAUCAAUUAUGAAACACUCUUUUAUUAGCCUGAAAGCUGCUUCAGAUUAGCUCUCAGCAGAGCUCUCCAAACACAUCACUCAGUCAGAAUUAGCACUCAGAAGCUGAGUUCCCAUUCCUGGCUGAGACACUUAGGUGGCAUUCAUUUUCUACUAAUAAUUCUCACCUUAAAAAAAAAGUGUCUUCAUUACUAGUCUGUUCUUCAGCAAACCAUGGUAAAAAUUAGGUUUUUCAAAUACCUGGGAAGAUAGUUUAUUAUGCUUUAUUGUUGAACAUAUGUUUAAGCACUUCAGUUAGACAACUGGAUAAAGAAAUAGUAGAUAUAGCUGUUUUAUUUUUGUGUAUUUUUGUUCUGUAAUCAUUUGCAUUCUCCUUGGGUGUCUUUUUUCUAGGAAUCUAAAUGUCACCUGUGGGACUAAGUUCCUGGCAGGAUGAGGCACAGAAAAUUAAAGAACGAAAACUAUCUAGAGCAUAAAUAUUUUCCAUAUUUUCUAUAGUGAGUAUAUGUUACCUUAAUUAGAAAAAAAUGUUUAAAACAAAUUAUAACCUAAAAAAGAGAAAUUCUUCACAAAUCAAAAGAUAAUCAGUUACAUUUUAGGGGAAUAUGUGUAGAAAUUAUAUUAUUGCUCAAUUUUCAGGAAAUACUUAGGAGACUUCGUUUGGUCAUUGUGCCAAAGCAACAGAUAAACUUUGUUCUCAUUAUGUAAGACUCGGGAAGCCAAAAAGUACAUUUUUUUCAUUCAGCCUAAAAUUGUAUAUUUGAUUGUCUCAGAGUAAACACUGUCUUCCUUUUCGUUUUUAGUUCUAUGCUUGAUUAUUAAUCUCCCCUUAACACAUCCCCAUUUUAGUAACUUUCCAUAUAGGUGCUCUUAGUCUUAUGAAAUUUUUUGAAAUUUAAACAGUUCUUAUUCCUAAAAUUUUAUUUUAUAUAACAUGAAUGAUACCAAGAUAGAAUCCAAUAAAUUAGUGUACUUUUUCUCCCCUUCAUUUUCCCUUGCAGUUGGGGUGAAGCAACACCUGAUUUAAGAUGUUUAUGUGAUAGUGUUAGAUAAAUCUAAGUUUGAAUCCUAGUCACAACAUUUACUACCUUUUAACUCUGAACAUGAUAUGUAACUUCUCUGAAUUCUAA